ACAAGUUUGAAAUUCGCUAACGGCCGCCACUGCCGUUCGUCGAAGAAGGGCUUUGGAAUAUCUUUGUUGAUUUUAUGGUCUGAGCCGAGACGAGCAGGCACGCAAUAGGCGCUGGUUAACGAUUUGCCCAUGGUCAAGAUUUGGUGGGCCAAUUUUGUUGGCGCAACACCAUAUAUGUUGCCUUUUCUUUCUUUUUUUUUUUUGUUAGUUAAUUAAUUACACUCAAAGCUUUGGGUUGACAUUUAUUAUUUAGCUUCGCCUCUGUCUUUCCGUCUCCUCCACUCACUUCUCUAAGGAACGAGAAAGAAAGCCGCCUUCACUGUUCUUCUGUCGUUAUUCUGACGCCUGCUGUACUUUAAAGGCUUCCAUCAGAACAAAUGUGAUACCUUUUUUUUUUUCUGCGAACAACUCAAUAAUACUACACUUCUCAGACACAACCACACACAGACACACACACACUCAUAUAUACAGAGAAACAAACAUUUAUAUUUAUACAUACACCAUUUAAAAAAAAAAACAACAACAACAUUGUAUUAAAACAAGAGCAAUUGCGAAGGAAAAGGGUUAUAAAUUGAGAGAAAGAAUCUCCUUACACUUCUACCAUGGAAUUCGGCCGCAUCUCCGUCGGCCUGAACGUUGAUAUUCAACGAACUGAUGGUCGUGUCCAUUCGGCUGUUAUAAGUUGUAUCCACAAAGAAUCUCGGAGUGUUACUGUAGAAUGGUUUGAAAAAGGAGAAACAAAAGGCAAAGAGAUUGAAAUUGAAGCCAUCUUCUCCCUAAAUUCUGCCUUGGUUGAUCCUGAUGCUGGGAAAAGCAAUUCAUUAACAAAGGAUUCGUGUGGAGAUGAAAACGGUGAUGGCGACGAGGAUAACCUAACAGAGAAUGAUGCUGUUAGUAUAGAAGACGACAGCUCUGAAAAAAGGUCAGAUGUUUCUAGAAGCUCCAACAAGUCUGCAAGGAACAAUACUCAGAAAAGGUCGACUCGACAAGCUUCUCAAGAUGCAACGAGAGAAACUUCAAAAAUAAAAUCAGGUUCAUUAAGUCGUUCCCGUCCUAGCUAUGCAGUUCCACGACAAUCGGUGAUCUCUCAAAAUGGACAGUCUGUGGUAAACAAUGGGACAGAUGAAAAAUCCAAAAUACCAAACAAUCAAGGUCGUCGGAAAUCGAAUUGUGUGAAAGCAGUAGAAAAGAUCAAGCAAAAACGAGAUGAAAGAAGGGCUCAUCAUCAGGCUGUCCGGGAAUUGCAAGAUACAGAAUAUGACACGACCGACCCAAAUUGGGAGUUUCUCUCUAUGAUAAGAGAAUUCCGUACAAGUCUUGACUAUCACCCUCUUACAGGAUCCGAUCCAAUAGAAGAUCACCAAAUUUGUGUUUGUGUGAGAAAAAGACCAUUAAAUAAAAAAGAAAUAAGCCGUCGUGAAGCUGAUGUGAUAACAAUACCUAACAAGGACCAUGUAUUUGUACAUGAGCCCAAAGUGAAAGUAGACUUGACCAAAUAUGUAGAGAAUCAAAGUUUCCGAUAUGAUUACGCAUUGGAUGAGAAUGCAAAUAAUGAAAUGGUAUAUCGGUAUGCUGCCAGGCCACUAGUAGAUUGUAUAUUCGAAGGGGGUAUGGCUACCUGUUUUGCAUAUGGCCAGACAGGAAGUGGAAAAACACAUACAAUGGGAGGUGAUUUUUCUGGUAAGAACCAAGAUUGUAGCAAAGGAAUUUACGCAUUAGCAGCAAAAGAUGUCUUUAAAUUACUCCAUUCUCGUUAUAAAAAAUUUGAUCUUACUGUGAGUGCAAGUUAUUUUGAAAUUUAUAGUGGAAAGGUAUUUGACUUGUUAAACAAAAAAGUGAAACUACGAGUGUUGGAAGAUCAAAAAGGUCAAGUGAAUAUCGUGAAAUUACAAGAAAAUCAAGUUGAAAAUGUUGAUGAUGUGUUGAAGCUAAUCCAACAUGGGAAUGCUGUUAGAACUUCUGGUCAGACUGCUGCCAACCAGCACUCUUCUCGGUCACAUGCUGUCUUUCAGAUAAUACUCCGUCGCAGAUCUAAAGAAGUUUAUGGGAAAUUUUCAUUAAUUGAUUUAGCAGGAAAUGAGAGAGGGGCUGACACUUCUAGCUCUGAUAGACAAACCAGGAUGGAAGGAGCAGAAAUAAAUAAAAGUUUGUUAGCAUUAAAGGAAUGUAUACGUGCUCUUGGACGCAAAGGGGCUCAUUUGCCAUUUAGGGCCAGCAAGUUAACACAGGUUCUGAGAGACUCUUUCACUGGUGAUAAAUCAAAGACAUGUAUGAUUGCCAUGAUUUCACCUGGUAUGAAUUGCUGUGAACAUACAUUAAACACUUUACGCUAUGCUGAUAGAGUAAAAGAACUUGGUCCUGGAGGAGGUUCUGAAGGUACGAAAACGUUGGAAAUAGUUGAAACCCCGACUCAUAUUGGAACGAUGUCUCCACAGAACAGUGAUUUAGCUUUAUUAAAAACCUCAAAUGAUGAGGUGACAGAUGAAUUGUUGACAUUCCAUGAAGUUAUUAACCACAUGCAAGAUAUGGAAGAGGAACUUCUUGAUGAACAGAAAAAUGUUUUUGAUCAUACUCAAAAGUUCUUAAUUGAUAACCGAAAAUUAAUGAAGAUGACAGAGGAAGUUGAUUAUGAUGUGGAAGAAUACACAAAAUCACUGGAUGCUCUUCUCAUUAAACAACUCAGUAAACUAAAAUCCUUUCAUGAAAAACUUAGCAAUUUUCGAAGAGAAAUGCAAGAAGAAGAAAAUUUUAGUAAAACAAUGAAGAACCGGAGGACUGCAACCAAAUAGUUUUGUUAUGGUGGUUGAAGUAAAGCAGUUAAGUUGGUGAAAUGUUGCUAGAUAACACCCUACAACAAAGCAGUCAGUUGAAAGUGCUUGGCAACAAAUGCCUUUUGGAAUCCUAAUAGAACUUUAGUGUUAAAUGUUGAGAGAACAUGGUUUGAAUUUUUACCUUUUUUUUUUUUUUUAAUUCUCCUCCAAAUAAAAUGUGUAAUUUGUAAAGAUGUUCUUAAUUUCAAUGUUUUUUUAAUAAUUUCCUAUUAAUUUCAAUUGAGACAAUUGCAAAUAAUGACUUUAGUUUUUAACAUGUAUUUGGUGUGUAUUAAUUAUGUAAGAUGUAAUUAAUGGUAGUUUAAACGAAUUGAGCAAAGAUCUGUUGGGAUUAUGACUCUCCCCACCUCCUUUCUUACUAAUUGUAUCACAUUUUAAUUAUUUCAGUUUACAGCUGAUAUAAAUGUACUCGACAAAUGUGCUGGAAUCGUUAGAACAUUGGGCAAAAUGCUCAGCAGCGUUUCUUGUGGCUCUUUAUGUUUUGGUUUCAAAUCCUGCUGAAGGCAACUUUGUUUUUCAUCCCUCCAGGGUUAAUAAAAAAGUACCACAAAGACGCACGUACACACACCCAAGCUUCCAUACAGUUUUUAUUUACUAAAUUCUCUUAAAUACAUUGGAUGGCUCACAUUGGUGCCUGAAACUGUGUUUGCUAAACAAACUUCUUAAUCACACAGCCAUGCCUCUAUUUACUGCAAAUAUAUAAUUAAUCUUAAAUUCAUAUUUUCUUUAUUCAUAAUACAUUAAGUCAAACAAUAAAUUUCAGGAACUCCACAGAACUGCCUCAACCUGCCUGAGCUUAGUUUGAACCUGUGAUCCUUGGAUCCUCAGAAUCACACACACUCUCCAUAGAGCUACUUUAGUUUCCAGUGAGUCACUUAAUAAAUUGCAAAAUAUACAUUCUCUGUCAUUAACCCCUUUCGUUAUAUUUCUGUUGAAACAUUCUGCCAUUAUUUGAAUUGAUUUUCAAGAUAACAAAGAAUUUAGCAAAUUAAUUUUGUCAUUAUUAAAUUGGUUUUUGGAAAAGAAAUUAAUGCGGAAUUUUGAUGGAUGCUUUUUAAUUUAGGUUAGUUUAAAACUAGUUUCGCAUCAUAGAACCAAAGAUGGUUUCAGGUGGGUUGUUAUCAGAAAAGGUUUAAAGCCAUAAAAAGCAUGACCCUUAAAUUCAAUAUUGCUUGUUACCUAAUUUCGUAAUUUUUUUUCUUCUUUUUUAUGUCUAUUAACGCACAAAACAAGGUGCAGCAGACAUGGCUGCGUGGUAAGACGCUUGCUUUCCAGCUACAUGGUUGCAGGUUCAGUCUCACUGUGUGGCACCUUGGGCAAGUGGCUUCUACUGUAGCAUCAACAGCUGAAGCCUUGUGAGUGGAUUUGGUAUAUAUGUGUGUGUGUGUUUGUGUUUGUCCCCUACCACCGCUUGACAACCAGUGCUUAUUACCCCCAUAAUUUAGAGAGAAGUACCAAGUUUAAAAAAGAAAAAUAUUCAUACUGGGGUGGAUUCAUUUGACUAAAAAUUCUUAAAGGCAGUGCUCCAGCGUAAUGGUUGGAACAAAAGAUAAAUGAUAGAAUAGUAAGAAUCCAUUUCUUUCAAGUUUUAAUAUUUCGUAUCUGCUUCUUAAUUUAUUGUCUUUGGUAAAACAAAGAAUCCCUGCAGCUGUUCCUUUCUUGUUUUGGGGUUGCAUCUCUCCUAAACCUUGCUGGUCUGUUUUCUCUUGAAAACUCUUCUUUUAAGUUAAGUCAGUGUAGUGAAAACCCAAAUCUCUUUCAAGGGAACUUGUACUUAGUUCUGUAAAAUAAUGGUGGGGAGUGGUCAAUCAACCCCCAGUACUUGACUGGUCCCUUAUUUUAUCAUCCUCAAAAUGAUGAAAGCAGUAUUGACGCUAUGUGGGAAUUCACCUCAAAAUACCUGAAGAAAUAACACAAGGUAUUUUAUUUUCUGAUGCUCUCAUAAUUUCAAAUUUUAGCAGGAGGCUUGUAACUUUAGGGAAAAGGGGUUAGUUGAUUAUAUUCAUCCCGGUGUUUAAACAGAACUAUUUUUAUCAACUCUCGGAAGGAUGAAAAGUUGACAGCAGCCAAUAUUUGAAGUCAGAACACAAAGAGGUGGAAGAAAUACUGCUAAGCAUUUUGUGUGUCACCUUAAUAAAUGGUUUCAAAUUUUGGCACAAGGCCAGCAAUUUCGAGGGAUGGAAUAAAUUGAUUACAUUGAGCCAAGUGUUCAACUGGGGCUUGCUAAGCUUUUUGCCUGCUGUGCUGAGGAUUGUACCAGCUUCUCUUAAUAACAAAAGGCUUGUUUGUUAUGCAGUAUUUCCGUUGCGUUCAUUGGUAAAUUGUUCUUCUCCUCCGCAGCAUCCAGUAUAUUCUCCCUCAGCUAUUUGUGCCGGUCUGUUUAAAAUUAUCUUUAUCAUAAUGGACACGGCACCACAUGAUAAGUCUGUGAAUUAUGGACUUGGUCAGCCGGAUUCUUGCUACCGAGUUAACACUGGAAUAUUUCUUUCUUUAAUCAGGAGUGGGCUUUGUAAUUAUUUGAAACAAAUUUUUAGAUCAGGAUUUGAAUUUAAAACCAAAAUAAAAACCACAAAAUGGUGAAGAGAUUUUUGUGAAAUUAAAACAUUAUUUGUAAGUUAUUCAAAGAAUUUUACAUAUGAAAUCACCCAAUACAUCAAAAAGUAACCUGCUUAACCAUUUUGCUUCCGUAUUACUGUUGAAACAGAUUAUCCUUCAUUCAAUUAAUUUUGAAAAUAUUGAGGAAUUUAAUGAAAAUAACUUGGUGUUUGAAACAUAAAUUAACAUGAAAUUUUGAUGGAGAGUUUUAAUUCACAUCACUUAAAAACAAAGCUUGUAUCAUAGAAGCAGAGAUGGUCUCGAGUGGAUUGCUAUCUUUAAGGUUAAAACAUUUGAAUUCUCUCAUCUAACAGGGCACAGAUAUCAUCUGUUUUGUUUACACUAUGAAAUUACUAAGUUAAAAAUAAU